CAAUGAAUUUUGAAGAAUAAAUGAAUCUAAUCAAUGGAAAUCCUUUAUUGUAAACUUUCUUUUUGAACAAUCUCCUAUAUAAUCCAUAAAUAUUUUAAUACAGUACAAUUAAUCAAUAGUCUAUUAGUGAUUUCUUAGAUGUAAUAUAUUCCUAGGGUCGAUUUAAGAGAAGAAAACACUAAAACUUAUGAUGACUAAAAUAGUGAUAGAAAAAUACAAAAGUAGGAGAAGCUCACAUAAAAUUCAAAAUAACUACUUGUAGGAAUAGACACAGAGUUACCUCAUAAAGGGAAUAGUCACUCUGAAGAAGAAGAAAGUUCAUCAAGAGUAAAUGGUAUAAAUUUAUAUGAUAAUUUCAUAGGUCAUUGGAGUAAACAAGAGCAUCAAUUGUAUCUUUAGUUUGUCAAUGAUCACGAAGAUAUAUUGAGAUCUAAAUAUGAUAAGAAAUCAAAAAAAAUCUUUAAAUUGAUGAGCCAAUGUAUUCUUACAAGAACAGCCACUUAAUGUAGAUCACAUCAUUAAAAGUUCAAUCCUCUUUAAAAAAGCAAGAGAAAAGGAAAAGGCUUUGUACGACCAAUCCCAUCUGUUAUUAUAUAAGAAAAUUGAU